AUGCGGGGUGGAUCCGCUGCCGACGUCUAUGUCAUUCCCGUGCCGCGCAUCUUGACCUUCAACGCUGCCAUGCUACUUUCUGCCGGAUUUUGCAUCCCCGCGAUACUGUCUCUAAUCUUCACUUGGGACAAGAUCCUCGAGAUCAACUGGAAAAGACGACGGCAUGGUGAGCAUCUUAACGCUCGAAUUGAGGGUGCGAACAUGACCGUUGGGGAGCUGAAAGGCAUCAACAAUGUUGUGAGAAAGUUCUUGAGCGUCAUCGAAAUUCCGUUGUUUGGUGGUGUGAUCAUCACAAUCAUCGGGGUUGGUGAAGCGAACUUCUUUAGUUCACAGGUAUCGCAUAUGACUGAGCCCAUGGCUUCCAUUGGCCAAUGGUCACCCAUAGCAGGAACAAUUCUGGCUGCACUUGGUUCUCUAUAUAUACUGUGGUCAACUGAUGACGAUGACGUCCCCAGAAGGAAGUCUCCGGAUCCUUUCGAGAAUUCGGGUUCAUCACGUCCCAGCCGGAGUAGCGAGCGACAACCUUCUCCUCGACGUCCAUCGCCUGUGUAUUAUAGCUCGGGAAGAACGGCAGGGGAUGGCCUGGGCAUAGGCUCAGAGUCACCUAAUGCUAUCGAGUUGACUCCGACUAUCACGUAUCCGGAAUCUGAACGCGUCCCUGCCAGUUCUUUCUCUUGUGAAAAUCAGCAAGAUGAUCACCGAUCUGAUCAGCCGACAGCUGGCAGAAAUCGUGUGCGCAAGUGGUUCACGUCAGCUGGGAACUACCUCGGUGACGCAGCACACGAGAAGCUCGCCCCAGAUCAUGGCCACAAUGACAAGAAUACCAAGGAUUUUCCAGAAGUCCCCGGUGAGAUUCUGCGCAACGCCCGUCUAGUAGAGAUUAGCCGCACAUACAGUCAUCUUCGCGAAGAACGGGAGAACAGCGUAUAUGCGGCAAGCAUUAGGUCUACAACAGGACUUGAAGGAAGUUCAUCUCCACCCAUCCCAGGGUCUUCACGUCCCGAAACUAGUCCUUCUCGACCACCGAAACGGCGAGAUACGCUGGAAGUACCAACGGAAGGACAUCGAGGGAGUGAAAGUCGCUGA